AUGUCAGCGUCUCAGUUACCAAUUGAGGCUUUCCCGGCCUGGGCGCUCUUGAAUGGCGUGGAAUUCAGAAGCGCGGAGGUACAAAGCAUUGAGGGCAAAGGCUUCGGCCUCGUGGCCAAGAACGAUAUUCCAGGCGUGAGCGACGACACCUCCAGCACGGUAGCAAUCAUCCGAAUACCCCGAGAUCUUGUUUUAUCUGCCGAGGCUGUGGAGGCGUAUGCCAAAGUUGACCAGAGCUUUAGACAGCUACUUGAAGUUGCUGGACACCAAUCCUCGGUAAACGCAAAGCUCUCCGUUCUUUCCCGUGAAUACGACGAGCUUUCCGAAAAGGCAUCAACGCUACCCUUUUGGAAUGAUCUCUUGAGCGAACCAGGGAUGCUGGAAGAUUGGAUCUUGGCCGAUGCCUUGUACCGAUCAAGAUGCUUAGAGCUGCCCCACGCCGGGAUUGCCAUGGUCCCCGGGCUGGAUAUGGCAAAUCAUUCGCCAAAAUACUUGGCGCGCUAUGACGAAACCCCUGAGGGCGACGUGGUGUUGCUCCCGAGCUCGGGAUCUGGGGUGUCAUCAGGGGAGGAGAUCACCAUCUCUUACGGGGAAGCCAAGUCGGCGGCCGAGAUGCUGUUCAGCUAUGGUUUCAUCGACCAGGAGUCCGGUGUAAAGGAGCUGGCACUGCACCUCGAUGCCCUUCCCGACGAUCCCCUAGGGAAAGCCAAAUUUCACAUCUACAGAGGCCCACCAGUUGUACGGCUAUCUCUGACGGAACAAAGGUUCCAGUGGCACAGUCCAUUUCUGUAUCUACUAAUUCUGAAUGAAGAAGACGGCUUGGCAUUCCGAAUAGCUCAAGAUAUGGAGGGAGGCCGCGAACUAAGGAUUUUUUGGCAAGACGAAGAUGUCACUGGACGAACCGACGAAUUCGAAUCUCUCAUCCAAGAUCACCCUCUAUCCCAAAUAUUUAAGCUCAGAGCCGUAGCUGUGCUGGAGAAUUUGGUUGCCGCGCAGCUGAACAGGAUCACCGCCGAGAUCUCGUACGGGGUAACGGAGCAAUCGCAGGCAGCAAAUCAACCCCGCGUGGAGUGCAUGCUAGCGGCGGAGAAGCUGAGAGAUCUUGAAGCUCAAACCCUGCAAGGUGCGGCAGCCGCGCUAGAAAACGAGAAGGCGAGGCUGCUUCUGGACGCUCGCGUGGUGGCAUAUCUCGGGUCUAUGGAAGAUACCCAAAAUGAGCAAGCGUCUGACCAGGCGUCCAAUGAGGACGACGACUUCAGCUAA